AUGAAUGAUUGACUGGUCACCAGAGUGCCGUCUACAGUGGAGGAGAAAUUAAAACUAAAGCUUUGUCGCCGAGUCUCUCUGACUAUUACUGAAAAAUUGAUUUGAUUCUGUUGAUUCUGCUUUACACAGCAGUUAGACGAUUAAAGGAUGUAGCUAUAUUUAACAGUAAUUGUACGCCUUUGAAGCCUUUCCACUCGAGCCGAUAAUGCUUAAUAAAACGAAGCUGCCCGUGAGAACCGCGGAGACAGGAGAUGAUACGGCCGAGGAACAGCCGGAUCUCCAUAUUCCCACAUCGGUCUCUCCCACGAUCUCGGACAGGCUCGAAGAUUCAUCCAGACACACAGGAUAUCCAUCUCAAUUGGACAAAGAGACCGUUUUCGAGUGGUUUGGUUUGCAUCUAAAUCCUGCCAAGCGGAUCGAGUUAAUGUGCGGACUGCUACAUAUGUGCCAGCCCCUCGAACUCCGUUUUUUGGGCUCUUGUCUUGAAGACUUGGCACGGAAAGAUUACCAAAUACUACGGGAUGUCGAGAUGAGGGCGAACUGUCCGAAUGAUUUGGGUAUUUUAUCUGACGUUAUCGAUCCGGUCGUGCGCUCCAAACUACUGGUCUGCUUGUCUCUUCUGCGAUCUGACAGCAAGGAUUGUGCUGGAAUACUAUUUCGGAUAUUGAACCAUAUGGAUCUCGCCUUGUUUUACAAAAACUAUCCCGGUUAUACUGUUUCUUCCUUCAGGGACCCGUUCCAUCCUUCGUGUGUGGACGGGAAAACUUUCAGGAGAACCGAACAUAUUUGCGGGCGUCCAAAAGAGGCAGCGGUCGGACCUUUGGAGCAGUUAGCUCUGCUUUUCACUAUGGCCUCAUUGCACCCAGCGUUCCCGUUUCAUCAAAAAGAAACCCUUCUAGUGCAGCUGGACAAAAUCAAAGUUGCCACAGAGGAUAAUAGACAGCAGAAUCAGUACAGAAUAAACGCCCAGGCCCAGAAAGCAGAGUACCUGGGCCCAGCUGCCGUCACCACUGAAGCCAGUCUGGAUGAGAGGACACAGGGGCAGAGACAAUGUGCCAGUCAGACACCACCCAGCUGCAGGACACAGCAAGGAAGCAGAACCCAGAGGGAAGCUGUACAUAUAGAGAAGAUUGUACUGAAGGGGAUGUCACAGAGCAGGACAGACAGGGAAUACAAUUUUGAGGUGAAGUGGUCUGACUCCUCAUCCAACAAUGUCAGGAAAACACAGCUUGAACUGGAGGGCUUCUUGUUGAAGCUCCCCAAGGAGCAGUCCACAGAGUCGUUUGAGAAGGGCAUCCUCCGGCUGCUCAAACAGGGAGACAAGUACGAGAGCAGGGGAGUGGAGAGGAACCUCAAGGAGAAGUUUCUGUCGGCUCCACAAGCUUUCCGACAGACAAGGAAGGUCUGUGGCUUCUUCCUGUCUGAGUCCUCCUCUUCCUCCUCCUGCAGCUGCAGCAGAUGUAACCCUGCAGCCCUGGGGAAGCCCGACAAGGAGGACGGUUCAGAGGCAUCCAGCCAAGAGGAAGUUGUGUAUGUGGAUCCGUACGUUCAGGGACACCGGAAGAAACAUGUCAGCAAUAGCCCCUGCCUUAGCGUUCCCGAUGCCAAAAGUUCCCAGGGCAAGAGCAUUCGGAGGGGUUCACACAGCUCGAAGCACAACAGCCUGCCUGACUGGAGGAGGAAGACCUGCACGAGUCAACCCGACCAGGAGGCCUCUGGGGGGCCAGGCCCAGAGCAGCAUCAGGACAGUGAGAAGAGGGGCAACCACCCUGCCAGCAUGAGGCAGCCACUGGGACCAGACAGGGAAAAGGGGAAGAAAGCAUACUUGGCAAAUGGGAGCAUGGUGCCACCAGCUUCUCAGCGAGCGCGACAGUCGACAGGGAAAGACGGACACUCCAGUCAGGAGGUAUAUGGGGAAACCUCGUCUGAGAGCUACAGCUCAGCCUCCAGCCCCCAGCACCACCAACCAGAGAGCCUGGACAGCGAGGACGAGAAGGAUAAAGAUACAGACAGUAGCCAGGGCCCAGCAGAGGCCUUCUUCCCCUGGCAGGAGGUUGCAGGUGGUGCCAUGCCCACCAUCCACCAGCUGGUCUCUGCCAAGCCUGUCGGGGAGCCCCCCAGCCUUGACUAUCCCCCAAACACCUUCAUGCACCCCCUGCCCUGCAUAUUGCCCAACGGGGCACUACCUGCCGAUGCCCCUCUGCCAGUCAUGCCCCCCCCCCAGGGGGCAGCUGCCUUGGUAGACAACAAGGUAGUCGGAGGGCUGAUCAUGCAGGUGCCCCUGGUCCUCCGAGAGCCCAUGUCCACCAAUGUGCCAGUUCCCGUGCCAGGGGAUCCAGAGCAGAGGGAUGGCCCUGCUGCAGUGCCCAUGGUACUCCCAGGGUUUGGCUCCCUAGCUCUGGGCUUACACCCCCCUGGCAGCCCUGCCCUGCAGCCCCUGGUCCAACACUUCAAGACAGCCCCUCCACAGACCACUGCCAGCUCUGAGGGUGUCACCACCCUCCCUGCCCACCAGCCCCUGGUGGAAGCUAUCAGUGUUAUCAACCCCGGUCCGCCCUAUGCCUCAACUCUGCAGCCUGCCUACCCCAACCCAGACCCUGCCUCCCCCCUAACCCCCUCCGUACCCCUGGGGGACCUUAGCAUCCCUCACACCAAGCACCCAGAUGUGGCUCUUUUUUCAGGCCUGCCCUCCCUGUACACUAUGGCCCCCAUCCCCACUUCCGUCAUGGCCACGCUAGGGGUAGCGCCUUCCCCUGGACAGGAUCAGGCGGUGGUGCCCCCGUCCGUACCCACCCACACCCCCAGCCCAGCGCCCGGCUCAACCCAGACCGACUCCUCCUACGUCAACAGCACCAGUAACUCCGUCACCAAGCAACAGGCGCAACCACAGCAACAGCAGCAGCAGCAGACGACUCACCAGCAACAGGCCAUGUGCUGCGGGGCGUGCGGUUGUCGAGGCGGCUGCGGCAACAGCCGUACAGCGCCAUCGUUUUUCUUCCCCCACCAGAUGGCGCCACGGCAGGUGUUUGGUGCGCCGCCCAUCUUCCAGCUCACGUCCCUGUGCACCAGCAACUACCUCAGCCAGCCGCCCCCGCAAAGCAACGGCCAGGCCCAGCUGACAUUCUUCCCCCCCGCCCCUUACGCUGGCCAGACCCUGCUGCACACCCACCCUCACUCUGACCAUGUACUGGGCGCCCAGCUAGGCUACAGCCUCCAACAGAUGAUGUCGCCCUUCAACCGUUUCUACCCGCACAUGUACCCCUCCGGCGUGGGUAUGGUGCCCGGUUCGGGAGGCGGCGGAGGGGCCCCGGGGGGAGCGGUCGGCGUCAAUAAGAACAACGGCAACGUCUCCUGCUACAACUGUGGGGUCAGUGGGCACUACGCGCAGGACUGCAAACAGCCCUGCGUUGAUUCAACACAGCAAGGCAACUUUCGGCUGAAGUACACCGCCUCCCACUCUUCCGAAGGACUAGACAACACCAGCUGAACACGUCUUUUCAUUCCGCCAUCUUGUUCCUUGUCACGAGCGGUCCGAGAGAACCCUCCGUUUCAAAGAGGGUUUUUUCACUCUGAUGUUUCUCAGUCAUUGUCAUUGUUAGUUUGACCUUUUUAAAGAGCGUGUGUGAGGAGGGUCCUGAGUACUCGUCACUGCUGAGAGUGAAGCUGUCUUGUUUCCAUAGAGACGCAACCCCCUCACUGAUCCCUUAGAGGCUUUUGGUAUUUUGCACUGAAAACUGGCACAAGACAGCAAGCAGCUCAUGUUCACUAACUUAUUUUUUUUAAAUUAGAGUGUGGGAGCUUGGGAAAAUGUCACCACGUAUCCUAGAGUGUGAGAGCUUGGGAAAAUGUCACCACGUAUCCUAGAGUGUGGGAGCUUGGGAAAAUGUCACCACGUAUCCUAGAGUGUGAGAGCUUGGGAAAAUGUCACCAUGUAUCCUAGAGUGUGGGAGCUUGGGAAAAUGUCACCACGUAUCCUAGAGUGUGGGAGCUUGGGAAAAUGUCACCACGUAUCCUAGAGUGUGGGAGCUUGGGAAAAUGUCACCACGUAUCCUAGAGUGUGGGAGCUUGGGAAAAUGUCACCACGUAUCAUAGAGUGUGGGAGCCUGGGAAAAUGUCACCACGUAUCCUAGAGUGUGGGAGCUUGGGAAAAUGUCACCACGUAUCCUAGAGUGUGGGAGCUUGGGAAAAUGUCACCACGUAUCCUAGAGUGUGGGAGCUUGGGAAAAUGUCACCACGUAUCAUAGAGUGUGGGAGCUUGGGAAAAUGUCACCACGUAUCCUAGAGUGUGGGAGCUUGGGAAAAUGUCACCACGUAUCCUAGAGUGUGGGAGCUUGGGAAAAUGUCACCACGUAUCCUAGAGUGUGGGAGCUUGGGAAAAUGUCACCACGUAUUAUAGAGUGUGGGAGCUUGGGAAAAUGUCACCACGUAUCCUAGAGUGUGGGAGCUUGGGAAAAUGUCACCACGUAUAUUAGAGUAUGGGAGCUUGGGAAAUGAUUUUGUUCUCUGAAUACAUGGGGAUCCUGCGUGAUCUCGAUUAAAGAGUUUCCUAUACUUCGUUUUUACAGCGGUAUAUUUAUGCCUCCUUAUUGUUAUUUGGCGAGGAUUUUAAUUGUUUAACUGUACAGCUACGAAAGAUGAGUACAAAACAAAGUUAAUGUAAAAAAAAAAAAUUAAAAGCUGGGAUUAUUUUUUAAAUAUUUUUUUCUGCAGUGUUUAUGAAUGUACAACAUAUUUCGUUUUUUUUUUUUAUGUAAGAAAUCUGGCAGUAUCAAAACAUGUUUCUUAAAGCAUUUGCCACUUGAUAUAAUGUGAAGCGCAGAGUAAGACAUUUUUAAUCAUCAUGUCUGUCAUGUUGGAAGUUAAAUGCUGCUGGGUGUUUAUUUUAGUUAUAAUCUUUGACUAUAUGCACUAUAACUACCAGGAAUUCAGAAGUUUCUCAAGUGCACUGAAACAGUCCUAGAAGAACUAGAGCUAGAUGUUAUUGCAACAGUGAAGCUCUGACAAUACACUGUUGUCCCUCCAUCCAGUAUUCUCUUGGAAAUGCUGUGCUGCCCAGCAGAGUCGGGGCCACUCUUUGGCUCCUGCUAUUGAUAACACUGUUCUCCUCUGAAAACAACUAUAUUUUCUUUAGCCAUUUCUACAGGACUGUGGUGGCCAAGGCAGAUAUCAUGUAACUUUUCUAGAGACUCAUUAUGUUUAUUCCCACUUCUUCAUUUAAUGCAGCAGUGAGAUCUAACUGUAUGGCAUAUGUUUGGUACAUUGGUAAAUGUACAACAACAACAAAAAAAUGCACAUACACACUACGAAUCGUGUGUGUUUUCAUGUGGAGUAUAAACAUGAUUAGUGUGAGCACUAAUGGAGGUGUCUGACUAGAGUUGUUUGGGUAUCAGGAUUGGUAGCUUUCCAGGGAUUGAUUUAAAAAAAUAUUAAAAAAGUCUAAAUAACCAAACUGCAAAGAAUUCCAGUAGACUAAACCCGAUAUUUCUUGGUCCUCCCCAUUGUUUAAAGUGAAAGACAGACAAUUUAUUGCAGUCUGGGAACUUUAGUCUGCUCUGUUCAUUUUUUCACUGAUAUACAAAGAAUUCAAUUAACCUGUUUGAUUCCUCCCAUAUGUGUAGGUGAAAGGCAGGAAAUAUAUGGUACUUCUGCCUGUAACUAGCUCAUUUACAUUUUUGGGGGGGGGCAAGUGAUCAUAAUCUUCGGGCAAACCAAAAAAAAAUACUCUUUGACUUGCCCCGAUGGGCAAGUGCCUUUUCAGACCUUAAAGUCAAUCCCUGCCUUCUCAGACAUAUCACUUGAGAGAAUUCUCAAUGAUUUAGAACUCUUUCAUGUCUGUCUUAAGAUUUGGGGUCUACAAGUUGUAAAAGAUGUGCAUGUAUAUAUUACACUUGUGCAUACGGAGUACACACUCGUUUGUUCAUAUGAUAAGUUUAGUCAAUUUUCAUUAAUAGCCACGCUUAGUACUGUUUUCCUCCACAAACAUGAUUAAAAACCUGCCCCCCUCCCAAACUGGUGAGGUACUCUAAAUCUCUUCGGCUUGAUUUGAUGGAAGCAGAUAUUUCUUGCAUUUACUUCAUAAAAUGUUGAGGCAAACUUGGAAUUUGAUUGAAAAAGGGUGUGGACAUGUGAUGAACACAGGGAAAGAAAACACGUGGACACUCUUUACAGAAUUGUAUGGAUGAUUGAAGAACCAUGUGAUCUUGGAGGACAAUUGUACAUAUGAACCUGCCAGUUAUACUUGUUAAACUUUCAUGGUUAAAAAGGCUGUACUGUAUGGGGUACACUCACUGUUACCUUCAGGUGUAUGUUUACUGUAUUCUUUAUGUAAAUGUUAUUGUACUGAAAAGGUCAAAUAUAUUUCUAAAACAAAUUGGGUUUUUAUGGAAAUUGUUGAUCUGUUUUCCUGGAAUUAACAGCAAUAAAUACAAAAUGAUA